AUGAAUUCGACCCUCACCAGAUUUCGUGUCCAAACAGCCUCUCCACUUGAGCCUCUGAAAGCUUGGCACGUCAUAUCACCUGGGACUGAUAUUAGAUAUGUCGAAGACUUGACGAAGGACGUCGUUCGGGUACUUGGUUUGACCGAGGCGAACGACGAAAUUGUGCUCGAACUGGAUGGGUUUGCUCUUUUACCCUCUAGUCCAGCAGGAGUCGUGAGAGAUGGUGACAUUGUUACAGUACGGUAUAAACCUCGAACAGACAAACGAAAGGCAACCCAAGACCAACCAAAUAAAAAACAAAAAACCCAAUCACCAGUGCCCGCUCCUUCCGCACCGCUUUUAUCCACAAGCGUCGCGAACCGACCACAGGUAUCAACUAAACCCCGUGUCCCACGCCCUACUUUCCCCACAAAAACCCCUGCAGGACCAUCGAAAGCCGGGCCAUCAUCUUCUGAAGAUGCCACGAGCUCAAGCUCGGAUUCGACCUCUGACGAUUCCGACUCUAGCGCUGACUCUAGCUCAGAGUCAACCAGUGACUCGGGUUCUGGUUCUGACUCUGAUUCUGAUUCUGGCUCUGAUUCCAGUCCUAAACCUCAGCCGAUACCUCGCCAGCCAUUGGUAUCUCGUCAGUCUUUGGUUCCCACCCAGCACGUUGCCCCUUCUUCAUAUACUCGUGCCACCCCAUCUCAGCCACCUGUGCCGCCUGGAGAGGGAAAGACGACCACGAAGAGCCGCAACGCGCGUCGCAGGGCAUUGCGCAAACAUCAGGCUGCCGGUACUGCCUUUUCUCCACGAACAACCCCUGCGCUAACUUCUACAACGGCCACGUUCACACCUGCGCCUGCCGGGGACUCUAUAACGGCCACCAAAACUCAAGUCAAUGCACCCAUUGCACCCGCCAAACAUGCAAAUAAGAACAAGCGAAAAGGGUUUGAUAGAGAUAUGGCCGAAUCCGUGGCAACGAGAAUCAUCUAUGGGACGCCUGCACCUUCAGCAUCUGUCGAACGACCUGCUCCUGUCGAUACCCCUGCCGAAUCGACUGUGCAAACCAAGUCGCGAUACACUCACUAUCACGUUGUUCCUCCGUCCGAGCGAAAAGAUCUCCCUGCGAAUGUGAUUGUGACGAGUGUGGAUGUGGAAGCGGUUGAUGGACUGGAAGGGGUAGGAGAAUGGUUUGACGGGGGAAAUCGUAUCGCAGAAGAGGAAUCUACUCCUGUCAAUGAUGGCCCCCAACCCGGCCUCGCUAUAGACUGGGACCUGGUUGAUUCCGAGUGGGAGAGGCAGUGGGACUCCUAUCCCACUGUUGGAGCCGAUCUGUGGAGUAACCUCAAAGCUGGGAUUUUACUCGGCUACAAGAGUCUCACGAUCGACCCGUCUACUUGUACGCCAUGUACGAAAAUCCAACUAGUCCGUGUUGUUUCUGGUCCUUCGUCUGAUACUGGAGACGCGGAAUGCUUCUUCGUUGAACGACCAGGGGCUGCGGCUAUUGGGUUUGGAUAUGGAGGCAAAUUUGCGAACUCGUUUGAACCAGAAGAUGAUGCCGAAGGCGAGGAAGCCGGAGAAUCUAGGACGGUUACGUUUGGAGAUGUCGGGGGGUGGAAACUAAUUGGUUGA